AUGACACAGGUGCGGCGCGAGUUCGUGGGCAUGGCCUCCGGCAGCGGCCCGAGGGCCAAAGGCACGGACGGCGCCGACCACAAGUUCCGGCAGCGCGUGGACGACCACUACAAGCUGAUGGCGGACGGCCGCGCCAAGCUCGCCUCCUCGGGCCGCGCGCACGCCGCUGGCGCCUGCGGCCUUCUCGGCGCGUUGGGCGCCGCGGCACUCGGCCCAGGCGAGGGCACGCCUUCGCUGCUGCUGCUGCUGCUGGGCGCGCCGGCGGCGCUGUGCGCGGCCGCCGCGUUCGGCGCGAGCGACGCGAGCCGCAUGAGCGCCACGGCCGCCUCUCGCGCCUCAGCGCUCAGCUGCGCGGCAGCGGCGCUGCUGGUCUGCCUCCUCUGCGUGCUCGCCUCCUCGCCGCAAGAGCCGCUGGCGGAGAAGAAGAAGGUCGGCCAGCGGUGA